AUGGAGUUGCAUUCCAAUGAAGAACUUGAUUCCACACAAAAUCUUAGGAUUCCAGAUGGAACUUAUGUUUUUAUCCCUGUAGGAGUCCCAGCCUUAGGAAAAUCAGUCUUUGUAUCUACAUUCCGCUCUGUCGCUUCAGAAAUUGGUGCCACAUUUGAGAUGAUUUGCUGUGACACAAUUCGAGGCCAAAUGAUGGAAGAAUAUAUAAAACAGCACGGAAAUUCUGAAGACAAAGAAGUUGUCUUUCAAAAAACAGGCAAAAGAACUAAUGAAAUAUGAUACAGUGAAAUUGAAAGAGUUGUGGCCCCACAAUCUAGCUUGCAUUUUGCGUUUCUAGACAAAAACCACCCACCUAAUGGCGUGAAAUCUACAGUGGAAGCUAUUAAACGUGGCAACCCUAAUGCAGUUUUGAUAGCGCUCGUACCAGAAUGUGAGAAAUUACAAACAGGUGCGUUUUUUUAUCCAAUGUCGAUUAGGCUAUUAAUUACGUGUUUAUGCAGGAUUCGUGAGCGAGAAAAUCAUGAAACGUUGUAUGGGACAGUAAAUAAGAGAAUGUGCGUGCUGCUGAUGAUGUACAAUCUGUAUAGAGAUAUUGAGUGGGAAUUUUAUGAGAAAAAAAAUAUGAUUAUUUUUAGAAUUCCGUUCACUGAUGAACAUUUUGAGAUAAAAAACCCUGGGGUAGAGUCUGUGAUUAUUCGCGCUUUGAACUCUUUUCAGCCUGGGAAGUUCCCGUCUGAAGAGGCUAUUAAUGAAGUUAGAGAAGUGAUUGAAAGCUCACAUAUAGAGUUUUCAUAUCUAGACUUGUCUACAGCACUCAGAUUAGAAUUAGUUAGAACUUUAUCUAGCCAUUCUCGCUCACUUUAA